AUUCAUUGAACUUUUGUUGUCGUUACAUAUUAAAUUGAUCUAGUCUCUAAUAAAAUAAAUUGACACUUUUAGGUUAUUUUUGUGACAUCUCGAUAGGUAUUAAACACAUCUGCCAAAACGUGAUUCGCUGUUAUUCAAGGAAAACCGCACGAUGCGCUUUCAAUUUAUCCAAACGCGCACGGCAUGUCCCUCUUCGUCUGCCGUCCAUGGAUUAAAGUGUCAAAGCGACAAAAACAUCAAGUGCAACACAGCAAGUAUGCCGCAUAAUCCCAGCCACAGACUACAGUCAAAAGUGCGUAUUCUCUGAAAACAUCCAGGAUCUUCACGGUGAGCUGUUUAACGCGUAUCUGGCGCGUGAGUCUGCGUGAAGAGGCGCGUGAAGACGCUAGGCCCAGCGCGUGUGUUUAUGAUGGAGUCGUGGGUGAGAUUCAGCGCGCAGAGUCAAGCCAAAGAGCGCAUCUUCAGGGCUGCCCAGUACGCCUGCACACUGCUGGGAUACACACUGCAGAAAGGAGGAGCGAGAUCAGAGCUGCUAAACACCAUCAAACAGCUGGAAGCUCACAUGAGCCUGACCAGAAAAUUGAUGCGGUUAGGGAACUCUGCUGAAGCUCUGGAAGCAGCCAAACGCACUGUGCAUCUGUCAGACUGUGUGCUGCGGCUCUGCAUCACAGUGGCCCAUUUGAACAGAGCCAUGUAUUUUGCCUGUGAUAAUGUACUGUGGGCCGGCAAAACAGGACUGCUGCCCGAACUGGACCAAAACAAAUGGAGCCAGAGGUCUUUUAGAUACUACUUGUUCGCACUCAUCCUCAAUCUAACGCGAGACGCGUAUGAAAUCCGUCUGCUGAUGGAGAGAGAGUCCCGCAGCAGUUCAGCGAAAAGCUUUAACUCCAGUCCGUCUCCCCUCACGCCGAGCCCAGAGAACGGAGGAGAGUUCCCUCUGACCCCGCCGCCCUCCUCAGCUCUGUCUCCUCUGCCGCCCCUCCCCAUGAUCUCAGCCAGACUCAACCAGCAGUUCCAGCUCCUGAUCACGGUGCUGCGCAACAACCCUCCGCUGCUCCUGGACCUGCUGAAGAACCUGUGUGACGUCUUCAUCCCGCUGGACCGGCUGGGCCUGUACCCCACGGGCUCGGGCUUUGUGGGGGCCUGCGGCCUCACCUCCUCCGUCCUGUCCAUCCUCACUAUAGUUCACCCCUGGCUCAAACUCAAGCCCUGAGUCCCAGGGUGAGAACUACCUGUGCUGUGGCUGUGUUUCUGGAGAGAACCUCUCUCGAGCUUGUGUAGAUAGCAGGAAGGAGAAUGUCUGUCCUUCUUUCAAGUUUAAUUGCACAUUCAAAACCGUUUGUCCUACAUGUGGAAAAACUUAAAACAAGAUCUGACCAGUCCUAGUCUGGCCACAAUUGAGGUCAUUUCUCUCAUGUUAAUACUGUAGUUUUCAGUGUGGGGGUGUUCGAGUGCUCUUGCAAUUCAGCACAGAACUAAAAAUGACAAACUUACUUUCACAAUCACAUUUUCUCCUGAUGACGAAUCUCAUGAAGAAAUGUCAGGGUUACAUUUCACCCCAAAAUCAAUGGGAAAUCUGCAUAAAUGAAAUGUAAUGCAACAAAUAUAUGACCUUUACAAACGUACGUUACAAUUUAAAUAAUUGUAUUUUAGUAAUAAUAAUACAGCUUUGCUAGAUUCAAAAUGUCACAGCAAAAGAGUGCACAUGUAUCUUAAACUGCAGCGUUUUAUUGAACAUUAAGCAUCUUUUUGUCAAACUUACUGCUGAGUUCAGAAAUGGUUACUGUUAAAAACGUAAUACUUCAUCCUUUUAAAGCCUAUAUCCAUGUUUGAGGCUGUUUCUUGUUUUUCAAUUACUGGGAGCCUCUGUAAUUUGUUACCAAACAAAUUUCAAAACUAGUAGUUUACAUUUUUGCAGUGAUUAAUAAAUUAUCAACCAAAAAGGAUUUGGGGAAUGGUUAAGAAGUAAUAUGUUAUAAACUGAUUCUUGCUUAAUUUAAAUCACUGACACAGAGCUAUAAUGCAGAUUUUUUUUUUUUUAUGCGUGUAAACAUGACUUAUAGAGUUUUACGUAACAUAACCAUAUUUUGAAACUUCUUGAAUGUUAAUGCUAUGCAUCACUGGGGUUACUGACGGUGACAUGAUGGAGCUGUGAAUCUAACUUUUGAAAUAAAUAAUGCC